CAAGUAAUAAUAUUAGCAUAUCCCCCCUUUAUCACGAUUCACAAUGCUACAGCAGCCUAUUCUGCACCCUAUCUUGUCUGAUGAAAUGAAGCCUUUGUAGGCACCUGGUAUCCGUUAUAGGACCCACGAGCUUAGCAAUGCCAAGUCAUUACGGACGGGAGUCUCACCUUAGUCCUACAUAUAUCAGCCCUAAACGGUAGCCUAUUUAGUGGCUGGAGCUUUGUGGUAGCUAGCUGGACAGGCUUCGGAAGACAACCGGUCAUGUAAUAGCAUACGGCGUAAAUCCUUCGACAUCAUCUUGUUGCGCAGCCACGAUCAGUCAUUUCCUAUUCGAGAUGAACAUCCGUAGGUAAAGACGCCGCAGCACGGGCCAUACGUAGUUGUCUCUGAUGUAGUCUUACGAUGGUAUAUUCAUCCACAGGUCUCUUGACGUUUUCUACGAUGUUCGCCAAUAUGUCUCACCUUUUUACCGAGAAGGAGUUGUUGUCUUGAGUCUUGAGUAUCUAAGUUGCGUGCGUGAAGUGACUCGCAACAUCAUCACAAUGCCGAACCAGGAACUUCUUCAGAGUGCCCUUACGAUCCAAGACCCUUUCCUACCACAAGAUCCAGCUGAAGGGCCGCUAUUCCUUGACACACAAGCGUGCCUAUGUGCUCUGCGAGGAAAAGAAAACGUAGCUGACACCGACGCGGCCUGGCAAUGUAUUGGAAAUCAGACACAAGGCGUCUACAAUGUAAAGAGUGGGAAGUGGUUCAACAACCUGGGCACUGCCAGUUUGCAGGAUAAUUUACCGAUAUGGGACGCGUCAAGCGGCCCUGACACCAGCAAAGCCCUCAUGCUGAAUCCCGACGAUAACUCUCUAGUGAACCUCGAUCCCUCCACCCUAAGCGUGUGGGAUCAAGCAUGCACCGGUGAAAACCACACCACCUUCUCGACGUCCUACUACGGGUCAGUGACAGCUCUUCAGGUCAACGACACUCCUAUCGACGCUGCCCCUUGCUGGCGGCCUGGAGCUAUCCCGAUACAAAUCCAGAAUGUGACUAACUGGAACGACAAUGGAUGUAACCCGGGUUUCUUGUGCACUAACAAUACCGUAAACUCCUUACCACAAUACUGUCCUCCUAUCACGGAAUGCCAAAUAGCGCGAUUGGGGGGCUACACCUGCAGUUUCAACGGCAUAAAUAUCGGGAUGGGACCAUUCGAACCGGUUGUCUGCCAGCAAGGAUACUACUGCCCACCCGAAAAAGGGGGCACCGAAAUGCUCCCCUGCCCAGCCGGCUCUUACUGUCAACCGGGUGCGCCUCAACCUACCGCAUGUACCGUUGGAAGUUACUGCCCGGCAAAAUCGACGUACGAGAUGUUUUUGAUACCGAUCCUGGUAUUGGUUAUCGUCGACGUUAUCCUUGCCAUUGCGUUUAUCUGGUACCGUAUUCGCAAGCGGUUUUGGAGGACACGCGAGCGACACAUGGACGGUAAAUUCGUGGAGAAGAAGAGCACCUUCGUGGGGGUCACGACAGGCUACGAAGAGGUUCCUAGAGAGGCAGACCACGAGGCACAGGAGACGCGCUCUAACCACGUCCCACAAGAGGGUUGGACUGGUUUCGAGGCUGCGUUGGAAUUCCCAACGCCGCGGAGCUCUACGCUGGACAUGCCCGAAAGUGGCUUCUCUCCCCAGCUCAAGGCAUUCGUCGAGUCUAUGAGAAGAGCAACCGACGGCGCUCGCUUUGGACUGUCGUUUACGUACUCGGACCUCUCCUUCCAACCCAAAGGAACUGCAAAACCGAUCCUCCAAAAUGUUACCGGCUCCAUCGAACGCGGAUCUCUCACGGCCGUCAUGGGCGGCUCUGGCGCUGGCAAGAGUACGUUUGUGAAUGUGCUCAUGGGGAAGACUCAAAAUACAGGCGGCUCGGUUACCAUCAACAACGUGCCUGGGAAGAUCAAGAAAUACAAGAAGCUCAUUGGCUACGUGCCUCAAGACGACAUCGUGCUGCCCGAGCUAACGGUGUACGAGAACAUCCUCCACUCGGCGAGGAUACGUUUACCUAGAGCCUGGAAAGACGUGGAUAUACAAGCACAUGUUAACUCGGUGAUUGACUGUUUGGAACUAUCUCACGUGCGCAACUCUCUGGUCGGCAGCGUAGGAAAGCCCGUUAUCAGCGGUGGCCAGCGGAAGCGAGUAAGCAUCGGGAUGGAACUGGCCGCAGCUCCUAUGGCCAUCUUCCUCGACGAACCUACCAGCGGUUUAGACGCUAAUGCCGCCUCGUCCAUCAUGCGGACGCUCAAGGCGAUUGCACGGCUGGGCAUCUCCGUCAUCGUCAUCAUCCACCAGCCACGCAUGGAGAUAUUCGAGAUGCUCGACGACCUGAUCCUACUCGCCAACGGGCAGAUCAUCUACGAGGGGCCCGAGUCCGGCGUGCAGUACUUCUUCGAGGACGUCGGGUACAGCUUCCCGGCGCACUCUAACUUCGGCGACGUCGUGACGGACAUCGUGACGGGCAACGGCCGGAUCUACAAGCCCGCGGGCGACAUCUCCAAGGACUCGCUCAUCGCGAACUGGGCGCAGUCGCGGCAGCACGCGUCGAUCCGGGAGAAGCACGCCUCGGUCAGCACGUCGAAGUCGCUCAUCGCCGAGAACAACUCGCGGCACCGCCAGCUGCUGCGCAAGCGCGGCGCCCCGCACUGGCGGCAGUGCCACCUGUGCCUCAAGCGCGCGAUGCUGCAGCAGUGGCGCACCCGGUCCGCCUUCUUCUUCGAGAUGGCGCUGGCCUCGAUCGCGGGACUGCUGCUUGGCUUGGCGCAGAACUCGAAAAAAGGUGUCCUGUACACGGGCACGUACAACGCGCCGUACGAGGUGCUGUCGCUCGCGACGGACAUCAAGUCGGUGCCCGAGCUCGCGCUGCUGAUGGCCAUCGCCAUCGGCCUCAUCUCGGGCGCGCCCGGCGUCCGCGUCUUCUCCGAGGAGAUGCUGCUGUACAAGCGGGAGUCGGAGGCGGGCCACUCGCGCAUCGCGUACUUCGUUGCCAAGAACUUCUCCGUGCUGGCGCGCAUGGUGUUCGCCUGCAUGCACUUCACCACGCUCAUCCUCCUCAUCUCGGUCCCCAUCAUACCGUGGGGCGUCGCGUUCGUCACGAACCUCGUGUACUUCUACUCGAUCUACGGGCUCGCAAGCUGCGUGUCGAUGGUGGUGCGCCGCGAGGACGCGCCGCUCAUCGCCACCAUGAUCACCCUCAUCGUCGGCAUCCUCUGCGGCGCGGCGCCGCCGCUGUCGAACGUGAAAGACUGGCAGAUGGAGUGGCUGUGGCGCGCGUCUCCCGCCACCUGGCUCGCCGAGCUGUACUUCGGCCAGCUGAUCGAGCCGUAUAGGUACCUCUACGACGUCGAGCUCACCUCGCAGCUGGUGGGCUACCAUCUCGAUCGCUGCUGGUUCAACGUCUUGAUUCUGUUCUGCAUAGGCACGGCGUACAGGGUGCUCGCAUACAUUGGUCUGCUGGUAGGGGGCCGGCUACGCGUAUAGAAGGAAGGGAAGAAAGGGAAGGAACUGGCGAUUGGGUACAUAUAACUACGGCAUGGUAUGUACAUAUGUAGAUUAAACUUCUCCAGAGCUUGCAUUAAAUGUAGGUAAAUAAGAUACCUAGAGAAGGGUUGUAAGUUUCACUGCAGGAAAAGGCUAAGGAAAGGGUCAUGGGGGUAAAAGGAGUAAAGUGUAUAUUGCAUAGGACGGAUUGAUAUCCGGAAGAGAAUUUAUUCGUCUUCCAAACUUGGAAACUAUAUCA